AUCUCCUCUAAGGACCGUCUCCCACGCCAGCGCUCCCUGUCCAACCACCCGAAUACAGCACCUCCUCACCGUCGCAUCCUACUCUCAUUCAACACCAUGGCGGACGACGCGCAGCAUGAGCACACCUUCGAGAGCGCCGAUGCCGGUGCCUCUACCACUUUCCCCAUGCAGUGCUCUGCUCUGAGGAAGAACGGCUUCGUCGUCAUCAAGAACCGCCCUUGCAAGAUCGUCGAGAUGACCACCUCCAAGACCGGCAAGCACGGCCACGCCAAGGUCCAUUUGGUUGCCAUCGACAUCUUCACCUCGAAGAAGUUGGAAGAACUCUGCCCUUCUACCCACAACAUGAACGUCCCCAACGUCCGCCGCCAGGAGUACCAGCUCCUCGACGUCACCGAUGAUGGUUUCCUCUCCCUCAUGUCCGACGACGGCACCACCAAGGACGAUGUCAAGAUCCCCGAUGGUGAAGUUGGUGAGAAGAUCCACAAGCUCUUCACCGAGGACGGCAAGGACAUUAACGUCAUCGUCCUUACUGCUAUGGGCGAGGAGUCCGCUAUCGAUGCUAAGGAGGCUCCUAAGGUCUAGAUUCGUUCCGUUGGACACGUAGGCUGUCAGCAAGAGGCAAGGCGCGCACUGCUGAUGGACUACGAGAAAGGCUGUG